AUGGCUAUGGCCAAGGACCUCAUCACCAAUGUUCUGAGGACCAGCUUGCUGAGAUUCAUCAAAGAUGCUAGUGGGGAGCAGCUUCAUUUGCGACAUCUAUUGUCGGGCACUGUGGAGCUGGGCCCCAACGUAGCGCUGGCUGAGGAGGCCAUCCAACAGGUGCUGCUAGAUAUUGGAUUUCCGGCUUCGGUGGAGGUUGUCAGUGCGCACGCGGAUGCGAUCCGCGUGCACAUCCCCUGGGCAAAGCUCCUAGGGCAAUCCAGCAGGUUGGUGAUGGGCGAGCUCACUGUGAUCCACAACGUGGAGGCCCUGGCGCAGGUCCUAGAAGGAGCCAAUGAAGGAAAUGCUCCCGGGCAGGCCUUUUUAUCCAGGCAGCGUGAGCGCUUGGAGGCCAUGGCCGAGAAGCGGAGCCGGAAGCCUGCAGAGGGUGUGGUUCGACAGCUGACGCUGGUGGAGACGGUGGUCCAGGGCCUGCGAACGCACGUCAACCGGAUGCGCCUGGAGAUUUUCAGGGACUGCGAUGAGGGCGCGCACCAGGGCCCGCCCAGUGUGGCACCGUACCUGACCUUGGAGCUGCAGGGCUUCACUGUCUCACCUUGCACGCCGGCGCAGCGGCCUACAAUGGAGCUUGCGGAGGCCCGAGUCGACAUUGGAAAGCCGGGACACGAGCCGCCCGAGCCGCUGAUCCCCUGGUCUUUUCACCGGAUUUUCCGCCUGGACUCGGCCCAGGCUUGGGUGCUGCGCGAAGCUGGGAAGCCCGCGAGUUGUUUGCCCUGGCAGUCGCAGGCCACGGGCGAGUGGACCUCAGUGGCCAAGAUUGGAGCAGGGUGCCUGCGGACCAGCGUCUACCAGGCCUCUGCCCGGUCCAAGCAAAACAGGGAGGCCUUUAUCGUGGAGGAGGGGGGAGCGCUGAUUGGAGUUGACCGGGAGAUCGAGAUGGACGCUGCAGAUGACCCUAACCAGCCUGCCUUUGACAUAGAGAUGGAGGGCGCCAUGGCCCUGGAGUUGGCGGAGCUGGGGGGGCACUUCAUCCAGGGCUUCGGAGUCACCCGCGGCUUCAAGCAGAGGAGGAUUCACGAGUUGUUGCCGGCCAUCGCUGGCCUGGGGGAGGAAGAGGUGUCCUGCGCACACAACGAGAAGCCCACAAGGCUGAGCAGCGGCGAAAUUGCAGCCUGUGAAGAGCCUGUGAAGGCUGUUGACAACUUCCUGCGAGAGGGCUUGCGAGUCCAGCGUGGAUCGCAAGGCGAGAGGAGGCGCAGCAGCGGCUCUUUCACCAAGGCUGCGUGUCGCGACCCCCUCGAGCGAGUGCUGAUCAGUGGCUGGCUCACCAAGCGGGCUAAGCUGCGGCCUUUUCAGGAUUCUUGGCAGGAACGCUGGCAUGGGGCCUAG